CUUGUUCGUUUUUUCUUUUUUUCUUUUUUAUUGACCGAGAAAUUGACCCACCAGCAGUUUUUUCGUGUCGGUGAAGAAGCUGAAAAUUUAGAAAUGACUUCCUCAAGCUUCAGGGACUGUCAGGCGUGGAGGGCGGAGGGGCUUACAUUGUCCACCAGCAGUAAUGAGGCUUGUAAAAUGUAUGACGCCAUACUCACGCAGUAUGUGAAAUGGAGGAACGAUGACAGCUUGGGAGGAAUUGAAGGAUGCAUUUCUGCUGUCCAGGCAGCUGACCCACAUUUUGUUAUGGGGCAUGUGAUAAGUACAGGCCUGGAGCUUGUGGCGACAACAAGCUCCACCAGGCUGGAUGAGCGUCUGUCGAGUGCUGUGAGGAGGACGGUGGAACUCGCCAACAGCCAGGACAUCACUUCCAGAGAGAGACUCCACGUCAAAGCCAUGGAGCUCUUCUCACACAGAAAUUUUCCGAAAGCCUGCGAGGCAUGGGAAGAUAUUCUGCUAGACCACCCGACUGAUAUGUUGGCCCUCAAGUUUGCACAUGAUGCUUAUUUCUACAUGGGAGCCCAAAUGCAAAUGAGGGACUCGGUGGCCAGGGUGCUUCCCCACUGGAAACCACACAUGCCUUUGUCCAGGUACAACAGACAGCUUAAUGUUUUUACUUAUCAACACGUUCAUCGCUUCUUCUUGCUUCAAACCCGUAACUCUCUUGUGAAGGGGCUCGCUCUAACUCCCGACGAUGCUUGGUCAGUCCACUCUGUAGCCCACGUUUGUGAGAUGAAGGCAGAGUUGGACAAAGGCUUGAAGUUUAUGGAAAGUAGAGAGAAAGACUGGGAGGUGACUGACAUGCUGGCCAGUCAUAACUAUUGGCACUGGGCUCUAUUUUUCAUCGAGAAGAGGCAACACGAAGCUGCUCUGCAAAUAUACGACACUCAGGUUUUCAGGCGUUGCAAGGCCUCGGGAGCCAUGUUGGACAUUGUAGAUGCCUGUUCAUUACUGUACAGAUUGGAAAUGGACGGAGUGUGUGUGAAGGAGCGUUGGCAGGAGCUGCUCCAGGUAACUCGGCCUCACACUGACGAUCACGUGACCUUGUUUAAUGACCUUCACUUCCUUAUGGUGUCGCUGGGAGCUAAAGAGACUGGGACUAGUCGGCGUCUGCUGGAGGGCCUUCAGGAAUUGGCGAAGGAGCCAGGAGACAAUCAGCAGCAUCAGCUGGCCGGGACUAUAGGGAUACCAAUGUGCCAGGCUAUGCUGGAGUACAACCAGGGUAACUACGGUCAAACUGUGGAGCUACUAUACCCUUUACGCUAUCGCAUGGUAGACAUAGGUGGCAGUGAUGCACAGAGGGAUCUGUUUAAUCAGCUGCUUAUUCAUGCGGCGAUGAAAUCGGAGAAUAAGCACCACCAGAAGCUGGGAAGAUGUCUUCUGGCAGAGCGCGAUGCCGUGAGGCCAAACUCCCCUCUGACCCGUCGUCUGAUGCAGAAAGCUCUCGCACUUCAGGACUAG